AUGUCCUUCAGCCUCCGCGGUAAACACUGCGUCAUUACCGGAGCCACCGGCGCAAUCGGUUCCCGUAUAGCGAUUGCGUUUGCCCAACGUGGCUCCGUCGUCACCCUCCUCAGCCGAUCUGCACCAGAUGCCCGGCUCAGCCUCGAACACCAACUCACUCCGUAUAAGCCGGAGCAGGACCGCAAAGACAUGGGCGACGAGUUCCCAGAGGCGCACCGUUUUAUGCGCCUAGACGCUACCAAACCUUCCACGUUCAAGGGUUUCUUUGGUUCCUCUGUUGGUCCUGUUGAUGUCCUCGUUAACUGUGCUGGCGUUAGCCAGACUUCGUUCAUCAAGAGGACUUCUGACGAGGAUAUUCAAAAUAUUCUCAACACAAACCUUCAGUCUGCAAUUCUUGCUUCCAAAUACGCCAAGAUGAACCCACAUGGAUGCAUCAUCAAUGUCUCGAGUCUUAUGGCUAACAAAAAUGGAGCUGGUGCUUCAGUGUAUGCCGCAUCAAAGGCUGGCCUGGUCGCUUUCACCCGUGCCCUAGCUACCGAGUAUAGUCCUCGCUCCAUUCGCGUCAACGCCUUGCUACCUGGUUGGAUAGCUAGUCCAAUGCGCCUGUCGCCCAUGUGGGAGGAGAGCAAUGUUAAUGUACAACCCCCUGUUCUAGAUCUAAAGCCUGAUAUUCAGCAACAAUACCUCAAGGACUGUCCCCUGCGCCGUGUAGGACAACCUGAAGAAGUGGCGGACGCUGCUGUCUUCCUGGCGACGAAUCGUUUCGCAAACAACUGCGUUCUGAACCUCGAUGGUGGUUUGAGCGCUGUGUAG